AUGAAACUUCAGUCAAAAUGGGUAAUAUGGCAAAAUACCAGUGAAGAUUCAGAUGUUAAAAGUUGGGCAGAUGAUCUAAAAAAUGUAGGAGAAUUUACACAAAUAGAGGAAUUUAAAUUCUUUGCAGAUGAAUUAAAAGAAAAAAAGUUAGAUAAACUACUGUCACUAAAAAUUUUUAAAAGUGGGAUAAAACCAAUGUGGGAAGAUCCUAGAAACAUGAAUGGUGGCAGGUUGGUUAUUGAUAUACCUACUGCUUCUGGAUAUAAUCCUGAAGAAGUUUUUCUAUUGACAGUAGCCUUUUGUAUAUCUAAUACUGCUGCUGGAAUAUGUGGAUGUGUUGUGAUGAGUAAGCAUGAGUUUAUUAAGAUAUCAUUAUGGAUUGAAAACGAACAAUACCACGAUGAUAUAAUGGCUAAAUGGAAGGAUGUUCUUGUGCGUUAUGAUCUAAAUAUUUAUUUUUUGCUGCAUAAAAAAGGUAUUGAUGGAAAUAAAGGAAGGAAAACUUGGAAUAAGAAGAAAGCAUAUUUUUAA